GCUUGUCUCACAUACUGUAUUGAGAGCAAAAUGAUUGUUUAGAACUGCUGGUCACUGCAGAAUAUCCCUCAGACAACAAAGGAACUUCAAGAUCUAUGUCCAAGUCCAUGCUGAUGGUGAGGAUAAACCGGAAGAACAUUAAACCACUCAGGAGAUGUGUGGCGGCACAGCGAAGACCACAGACUGGCCAGGUGGCUGGCAGGGUUCAGCCAGAUGUGUGAGUGAUGCUGUUUCUGGUGCUGGGAGGAUUUACGAGACACGUUUAUGCACAAAGAUUCGAAAAUUUGCCGGGGUAGGAAGGGGCACUGAUCACACGGCACUCGACAACAGUUGGUCAUGUUCGGAGUUUGACCUGAAUGAGAUUCGCCUGAUAGUUUACCAAGACUGUGAAAGAAGAGGCAGACAAGUCUUGUUUGAUUCUAAAGCUGUUCAAAAGAUUGAAGAGGUGGCAGCUCAGAAAACAGAGGAUGUCCCUAUUAAAAUGUCAGCCAAGUGCUGUCAAGGAAGCAGUAGCAUCACCAGCAGCAGCAGCAGCAUCUCUUCCCAUAGUUCUUCUGGAGGAUCUUUACAAUAUACUAAGGAGCAGCUUCCAAAGUACCAGUACACGAGGCCAGCUUCUGAUAUCAAUAUGCUAGGAGAAAUGAUGUUUGGCUCAGUUGCAAUGAGUUACAAAGGCUCCACCUUAAAGAUACACUAUAUACGUUCUCCUCCACAACUGAUGAUUAGUAAAGUCUUCUCUGCCAGAAUGGGCAGCUUCUGUGGAAGUACAAAUAAUUUGCAAGACAGCUUUGAAUACAUCAACCAAGAUCCUAAUUUGGGAAAACCGAACACAAAUCAGAAUAGUUUGGGUCCUUGUCGUACUGGAAGUAACCUAGCACACAGCACACCAGUUGAUAUGCCAAGCAGAGGACAGAAUGAAGACAGGGACAGUGGCAUUGCUCGCUCAG